GUCUGGUAUAAAAGCGGAAGGGGGCUGUGAAGCCUGCGCACACAGACCCAAGCAGCAUCUACGGAGAGAUAACUCAGUCCCACUCAAGCAGCAGACAUGUCAGACCUCUGUGUUGGAAUCAAUGGCUUCGGUCGUAUUGGCCGUCUUGUCUUGAGGGCUUGCCUCCAAAAAGGCAUUAAGGUCGUGGCCAUCAACGACCCCUUCAUUGACUUACAGUAUAUGGUCUACAUGUUCAAGUAUGACUCCACCCAUGGCCGUUGCCGCAGUGACGUCUGCACAGAAGGCGGCAAGCUCAUAGUCGAUGGUCAAGAAAUCUCCGUUUUCCAGUGCAUGAAGCCUGCAGAAAUCCCCUGGGGCAAUGCUGGAGCUAAGUACGUUGUGGAGUCCACUGGAGUCUUCCUCAGUGUGGAGAAGGCCUCUGCGCACAUCCAGGGAGGAGCUCAACGUGUGGUUGUGUCCGCCCCCUCACCCGAUGCCCCCAUGUUUGUCAUGGGAGUUAACGAGGACAAAUACGACCCCUCUUCCAUGAACAUCGUCAGCAAUGCCUCCUGCACCACCAACUGCCUGGCCCCCCUGGCUAAAGUCAUCCAUGAUAACUUUGGCAUUGAGGAGGCUCUCAUGACCACAGUCCAUGCUUACACCGCCACCCAGAAGACAGUGGAUGGGCCCAGUGCCAAGGCCUGGCGUGAUGGUCGCGGUGCUCACCAGAACAUCAUCCCAGCCUCAACUGGUGCCGCCAAGGCUGUAGGCAAAGUCAUCCCUGAACUCAACGGGAAGCUGACUGGCAUGGCGUUCAGGGUGCCUGUGGCUGACGUGUCAGUGGUGGACCUAACAUGCCGUCUCUCCAAGCCUGCAUCCUACGCUGAAAUCAAGGAGGCCUGCAAGAAGGCCGCACACGGGCCAAUGAAGGGAGUGCUAGGUUACACUGAGGACCAGGUUGUGUCCUCUGACUUCAUCGGUGACACCCACUCCUCCAUCUUUGAUGCUGGUGCUGGAAUCUCCCUCAACGAUAACUUUGUCAAGCUCAUUUCCUGGUAUGACAACGAGUUUGGCUACAGCCACCGUGUCGCUGACCUGCUGCUGUACAUGCACUCCAAGGAGUAGACACUUCCUGUCCUGAAAGGAAGUCAGGAAAGGGACCACCCCCCUCCCCUCCCCUGUCUUUUACACACAGUCCCCUCCCAUAGCCGAGUUAUAGCAUCACAGCCCUUAGCUCUACUACAGUAUAUGUAGGCAGCAGCAAGUGUGUUCGAGUGUUCGGAGUUAAUCAGUUUUUCCUUUUAAAACGAGAUGAUCGCUUGGUGACAGUAAUUGUGUCCGUGUGCCCCCUCUUCACCUCCCUCUGCCACUUUAGAUGUGUCGUUAUGGCUCAUUACCAUGGUAUCUACUGUAUCCAUCUCCCUGUUGGUGUGUUUUAAAGGCUUACUCAUCAGUGGACGGAGGCAGCUGAGAGGCAGAGCUACUGUAACUUUGCUUAAGAGUAAAGAGAUAAAGAAAUAAAAGCUGAAAAACCUCA